CAAUGGUGUCAUUCAUAGGAAGUCGGCAAGCUACCUGCAGCCUAUCUGCUUCUUCUCCAACGCGUUUUUAUCUGCAUCACUGGAAUCAUCGCUAUUUCCUCGAUCGACCCCAAAGCACCGGCGAUUCCAAAUUCUUCUCCACCAUGGCACGAUUUCAGCCCUCUCCUCAUACUCCUGUCCUUCUCAUGAUGGCCUUGGCCCUAGGCGUUGUGGGCAUCGUUCUUCCCCCAAAUUUUCCGGUCCCUGAUAGCGUUGCUGCAGCGCCGCCUUGUGGCGAGGUGGGUAUCCUGGCAGGGGGUGCGGCGGGCCCAGGGGAAAAAAGCCCACCGAUCAAGGAUUCAGGAAGCAACAAGAAGUCCAAAGGCAAGAAUUCUGAUGACAAGGAAUACGAUGACAAUGAAUACAAUGACAAGGAAUACGAUGACAAGGAAUACAAUGACAAGGAAUAUGAUCACAAGGAAUUGGAUGAGGCGUUAUCCAAAGACCAGCAGGCUGAGAAAAGUAAAUCUGCUGACAAGGACUCCGGUGACAAGGAAUCUGGCGACAAGGGAUCGAGUGGCAAGCAAACCGAUGGCGAGCAGUCAGGGGUCAAGCACUCAAAGAACAAACAAUCCACUGAUAAAGAAGAUGGCCACCAAACGAUCAGCAGGCGAUCCCAUGCCAGGCUUUUCAGAAACAGGAGCCAACGGAUUGCCCGGCAAAACGAUGGCGACGAAACCAACAAUGAGCAAUCCGGCGACAGCUCCCAUGGAGACCAAGAAGACGGCGAGCUUGUGAACGACAGCAAGGAAUUAAACAACAAGCAACCGAGUCACAAGCAGACCAUCCACAAGGGUUCUAAGAGCCAAACCUCCGCCGCUGAAGAGUCCAAUGGCGAGGAUCCCAAGGACAGCGACUCCAAUAUCAAGUCCAGCGGCAAGCACUCGAACCGCAAAUCAUCCAGCAGCAAGAAUCCUGAUGAGGAGGAGACUGAUGAGGAGGAAUCAGAAAACAACUCCUUGAACGCGCAGUCGGAUGGCAAAGAAUUCAACGACGAGGACUCUCAUGAGGAGGAUUUUGAUAGCGAAUCCAAUGGCAAGAAGUCCAAUGGCAAGCAAUCCGACGACGAGAAUUCCAAUGAGGAGGAUUCGGACAACAAAUCCAAUGGCGAGAAGUCCAACGGCAAGCAAUCCGACGACGAGAAUUUCAUUGAUGAAAACUCCAAGGAAGAAGACUCGGAUAAUCAGUCCAAAGGCAAACAAUCCGAUGGCAAGCAGUCAACCCGCAAAGAGUCUGGUCGCAAGCAAGGAAAUCGUGAGCAAACUAACGAGCAUUCCGUUGACGAGUUUACCGGAGACACUCAAUCUGACGUCGAGGACAACGAGCUGAGGCCCCUGUCGAUUUGA